AUGGAGUGUCUGGAAGGGUCUGGAGUAACCUACAGCGGGACCGAGUAUAAGACCAAGUCAGGCACGGAAUGUCAGCGCUGGGACAGCACGUCCCCUCACAAGCCCGCCCGCAAGCCGCAGGAUGGCACCGAGCACAACUUCCGCCGCAACCCGGACAAUGUGGCCAUGCCCUGGUGCUACACCAAGGACCCCGGGAAGAGAUGGGAGUACUGUGACAUACCGGGAUGCGAGUGUGUGGAAGGGUCCGGAGCAACCUACCGCGGGACCGUGGCCGUGACCAAGUCAGGCACGCCGUGUCAGCGAUGGGACAGCACCUCGCCCCACAAGCCCAGCUACAAGCCGCCGGAUGGUAAAGAUCACAACUACUGCCGCAACCCCUCCAGAGCAGCCAUGCCCUGGUGCUACACCACUGACCCUGGGAAGAGAUGGGAGUACUGUGACAUACAACCAUGCGAAUGCCGCAUGGGAAAAGGGACGUCCUACCGCGGGACCGUGGCCGUGACCAAGUCAGGCAAAACCUGUCAGCGCUGGGACAGCAAAUCUCCCCACAAGCCGUACCACAAGCCGAAAGAUCGCAAAGACCACAACUACUGCCGCAACCCGGACGGAGUAGCCAUGCCCUGGUGCUACACCACUGACCCCGGGAAGAGAUGGGAGUACUGUGACAUACCGGGAUGCGGGGACUCAAUGGGAGACAAGCUGGAAGCAUCGACACACUUCAAAGUAGUGAACAUCAGGAAGACGGUAGCCGACGCGAAGGCCUACUGCCAGGCUGAGGAGAACGGACAUCUGGCGGACGUCAGCAGUCUGAUGGUCCACAACUUCCUGAUGAAAACUAUCCAGGAGCACGGCAAUACGAACCAGGACUACUGGGUCGGCCUACAUGAUACGACGGGAAGCGGUGGCUGGACGUGGGCGGACGGAUCUCCCCUGUCCACCUGCAGCUACAAGAACUGGGCCCCCGGAGAGCCGGGCAACAUCGGCGGGCAGCAGUGCGUCAUGCUGAAGGCAGCAGAGAGCUUCAAGUGGGACAACGCCGGGUGCAGCGAGAUGAAGUACUUCAUCUGCCAAACAGGGCCGGGAGACACUGACGCUUGUGGGGGCAUGUCAGCGCGAGAAGUCGAAGCGGAUGCCGACCCGGAAAACGCCUUCGAAGCGAUGCGGUCAUCCCUCCUGCAGGAGGAAGAGGCCCUGUCCGACCGCGAGGCCGACAAGCUCCGCCGGUCCGAGUCCGAGGCCGACUUCCACCACAUGGUCCGCCUGACCGAGCUGAAGACCGCGCUGGAGUCGGAGACCGAGGACGGACCGGAGGCCAUGGAGAGGCUGAACCAGAUCUCGCGAGAGCUCGGGGAGGUUUGGCAGGCGGAUGAGGACCCGGAUGUGGAUGAGGACCAGGCUGAUGAAAUCCCGCGAGAGUUUAGCGUGGUUUGGCAGCCGGAGGAGGACCCGGAUGUGGAUGACGACCUAGCUGAUGAGAUCCCGCGAGAGAUGGGCGAGACUUGGGAGGAGCAGGAGGCUGAUGACGUCAGCGAGGAUGAGGCGGAGGGAGACGCCAUCUUGGAAGAGCUCGAUGGGCUCGUGGAGGAGCUGAGGGAGAUUGUUGAGGAGAAACAGAUGGAGAUGGAGGAAUGGGUUGAUGACAAGUAGUAGGGAGUUAUCGAUGAAAUCUACAAAAAGAGAAAGUUAUCGGUGAAAACUAACAAAAGUGAAAGUAAAAACUAACAAAAUUACGUUUUUCUCUUUAUUUUCUAUUUUACUGCAGUGACAGAACAUGCGUUGUUCUUUUCGAGUGGUUUGAUAAUUGUUCAGAUUACUGCAUUAUUCCUGGUGAAACUAACCAAAGUUACUGUUGUUUUUUUAUGGUCUAACUGAAAUGAAGAAACGAGAGGGAUGGAGAAAACUUGUAGUUGGGAGAAAUAGAGAGAUAGAUGAACAAAAAGAGAGGGUGAGAAAGACAGGUAGUUAGAGAUAAAGAGAGGGGGAGAGAGAUAGAGAAACCGAGGAAGAGUGCGAAAGAGAUUGAAGGAGAGCGAUGAAGAAAAGUCUGGUUGUAAUGUCAGGACACGUUAGUUUAAGUUACGGUUAACACUCGGUUGUAAACAAAGUCAGGAUAGUCGAACAAAGUCUUCGUUGUUUCACAACCUUCUAUUUAUUCCUGUAAACGUUUCGGUGACUGUCUGUCACCUUCAUCAGUACAAAAUGA